AAACAAAAUGUCGCAUUUUGACAUAAUAUUGUGAUUGUGAUAAGAUUAAUCAGUGAUAACAUGAACAACCUAUUAACAAUCAAUUUGUUUUUACUUUCUAAUGAGAUUUUAGCUAAAUUAUGUGCGAUUAAUUACUAUUAAAUUCGAAUCAUUACUAACUUAUUUUAAUAAAAUAAAAACGAGUAUGGUGAUAAAAUGGAAGUAUUUUCAAGGAGAUGGCGUUACUCCAUAAUAAACAACACUUUUUCGAAGUUAAUUUUAGGUGUUGUUUUUAUUUAUUUGUACUGUGAAUACCUCAUUUACUAUGUUACCCAAAUACAGUGUGGAUGGCCAUCUCUAACUAAAAGGAAACCGAAUGAUAUGGAGCCAGUUUAUGCAAUGAUAAUCGCAGACACACAUCUGCUGGGCUCCCGCAAUGGCCAUUGGCUCGACAAGUGGCGGAGGGAGUGGCAAAUGCAUAGGGCAUUCCAGACUGCCAUAACUUUGCACCAACCUGAAGCUGUUUUUGUUUUAGGUGACCUCUUUGAUGAGGGCAAAUGGUGUUCUCAGACUGAAUUUAAUGACUAUGUCGAAAGAUUUUAUCAUCUUUUCAAAGUCCCUGAUGGGACUACUAUGUAUGCAGUAGUAGGAAACCAUGAUAUAGGGUUUCAUUACAGGAUAACGCCGCAUCUAGCGAAUAGAUUUGAGAGUAAAUUGAACGCGCCGCCCGUUCGGCUUGUAAGCAUACGCGGGAACCACUUCGUUUUGAUUAAUUCCAUGGCUAUGGAAGGCGAUGGAUGCUCAUUAUGCUCUCGGGCGGUUGCAGAAAUAGACAGGAUUUCUGAUAUUUUAAAAUGCAGCAGUGGAUCUGCUCUGUGCAAAGGCAAAACAAAGUUGCAACUUUACAGCCGACCCAUAGUGAUGCAGCAUUAUCCAUUAUACAGAGAGUCCGACCGCAUCUGUACGGAACCAGAUGCAGCACCUCCGUCCGUGAGAAACAAUUUGUUCGAGGAACGAUGGGACUGCCUCUCCAAAGAGUCGACAGAAUAUUUAGUGGAGAGCUUGCGCCCGCGGACGGUUUUCGGUGCGCAUACGCAUCACAGUUGUUUGGUGCGACACAGCUUCGUACCUACACCGAAUCACAAAAUUGAAUUUAUCGAAUACACGGUUCCGUCCUUUUCGUGGAGAAAUAGGCUGGAUCCUAAAUAUUACUUGGUAACAGUAAGUCCAGAUGAGCUGAAAGUUACAAAAUGUGAACUGCCGAGUGAGUGGACGAUGCAAGUAACCGCUGUGCUCUUGUUCAUCGCGUUACUCCUCUACCUGAAGUACUUCAGCCGGACUACCAAUGUCUUCAAUUACAAGCAUUUGUCGGGUAAAAAAGUAUAGUUUCUACGAGACACGGCAGGCAAGGCAAGUGAAUACCUAGUUACUUCUGGAAUAAUAAAUAUUAUUUAAUACCUUUA